AUGGAUGAGAAAUCGCACGGCGUAAAGGAGCCUCUGAGCCUUAAUCAACGACACAAUCGGCUUCUGAGUGAUUACUCGAUUUCCCGAUCAAAACCCCUCACCAAAAUUUCCGCUGAUGAACAGCCAUCCGGUGUGAAGACGAACGUCCCAGGGAGGCGCCGGCUGCGGAAAGCCUUUGCUCAGGCUGAGGACGAUGACGUUCCUGAUUUUUCGGGAAUAGUCGACUUCGAUUCUCCUUCACCACCGCCUCGUCCUUGUUCCUCUUCAGGGAAAACUGAAACCAAGCAUUCGCCAAAGGUUUCUGAAAUUGUUAAAACAACUGAAGCUCCUGCCUCCUUUGUGAUGGCUGAUUUUGAUUCCCCAUCACCCUCUUCAGGUGAGAGUAAAGAAACAAAUUUUGAUCUUGAUGGCUCUCAAGUUUAUGAGAAGAAUGUCCUUGCUGGAGAAACCGGGUGUCAUCUAAAUGGUGCUGCUGGUUCUCUUCCAAAUCUCCCUGGAGCUGAGGACAAUCCAGAGAAAGUGAGGAUUGAGGGCAGGCGUCGCCUUUGUAAAGUAACAAAAGGUGUGGGUAAUGCCAGUACAGUGAAAGCUCAGACCAUGGCAGGUCAAAAGGCAGAAGAUUUGAUGAUUUCAAAUUUUGAUCUCGUUCCUCAGCUGAAAGCUGAUUCUGAGAAUGACGCUAAUGAUGGCGUGAAUGAAAUUAGGGAUAUUCUUGAUGAUUUGAACUCUAAGUUUGAGAUAUUAUCCAUUGAGAGGAAACCGGUACCUAAAAGGAUGGACUUUACGAAGGAACCCGGAAAUGUGGAUAAGAACGAUAUAAAUCUUGUACAGAAGAAAGGAGAAUAUUUGGAGUUCGGAAGUGCAGCUUCUUCAUUCUCAAGUUCAUCUGGUUCAUCUCUGGAUUCAGCUAAAGAAUCUAAUGCUCAAUGUGCAAACAGAAAAGAGCCUCCGAAGAUAUAUGAUUUGGAUGACGAAAUGGAGAGUCAUAGUUCUCUUGGCAAAGUUAAUAAGAGCACAAAUACUUAUGAGAUUUCCAAGGAAAAUGACAUUAAAUUGAUUGGAGGGAAGUCUGUUUCAACCAAACAAUCUGUUUAUACCACUUUGACGGGUAAAGAAAAGGUUGUAAUCAAAGAUGAUUGUGUUUAUGAAAACGAUGAUGAUUGUGUUUUUGUCAGUGGGAAGAACUUUGAAAAUAAAGCAGAAAAAGGUCAUCGGAAGAUAAAGCGGAUUGUCAAAAAUGCUGACAAGUAUAAUUUCUUAAUGGAAGCUUCAACGGAUGAUUAUUCGUCAGAUGAGGAGCAUACUAUCACUUUGUCUGGACCACGGUUUAGUUUCGAAUUACCCGGGAAAGUUGCCAAAUCAUUGUACCCUCACCAACGAGAUGGCCUGAAGUGGCUAUGGUCACUUCAUUGCAAAGGUGAGGGUGGUAUUUUAGGUGAUGAUAUGGGACUGGGGAAGACAAUGCAGAUUUCUUCCUUCUUAGCUGGACUGUUUCACUCGAGAUUGAUAAAAAGAGCAUUAAUUGUUGCUCCUAAAACACUGUUGCCACAAUGGAUUAAAGAACUUACAACUGUGGGCCUUGCUCAGAUGAUAAGAGAGUACUAUGGAACUAAUGUUAAUACUAGGCAAUACGAACUUCAGUAUGUGCUUCAGGAUAAAGGGAUCCUUUUGACAACUUAUGAUAUUGUGCGGCACAAUGCAAAAUCAUUGAGUGGAGAAUUUUAUGACGGCGAUGAAGAUGAAGUAACAUGGGACUAUUUAAUUCUUGACGAGGGUCAUCUCAUAAAAAAUCCUAGUACACAAAGAGCAAAAAGUUUGAUUCAGAUUCCUGCUGCUCGACGCAUUAUUAUCAGCGGCACGCCUCUUCAGAAUAAUCUCAAGGAACUUUGGGCAUUGUUCUACUUUUGCUGUCCUGAGCUAUUAGGUGAAUAUAAAUGGUUUAGAGACAAAUAUGAGAAAUUGAUUAAUCGCGGGAAUGAGAAAAAUGCUUCUGAUAGGGAAAAGCGUAUUGGUUCAACAGUUGCAAAGGAUUUAAGGGAAAAAAUCCAGCCUUACUUUCUACGGCGCUUGAAGUCUGAUGUAUUUCGGGAAGACAAUGGUAAUAGCAAGGCACAGCUUUCCAAAAAGAAUGAGUUGAUUGUGUGGCUCAAAUUGACUCGCUGCCAGCAACAAAUCUAUGAGGCAUUCUUGAAGAGUGAAAUAGUUCUUUCUGCCUUUGAUGGUUCUCCAUUAGCUGCACUUACGAUCUUGAAAAAAAUAUGUGACCAUCCACUUCUUUUAACUAAAAGAGCUGCUGAAGAUGUCCUGGAAGGCAUGGAUUCGAUGCUAAACCCGCAAGAUCACGGUGUAGCUGAGAGAUUGGCGAUGCAUAUAGCAGAUUUUACUGAAAUGUUUGAUGUUGCUGACGCAUAUGAUAUUUCAUGCAAGACGUCCUUCAUUCUAUCUAUAUUGGGUGAACUAAUUCCAAAGAAACACCACGUGCUUAUAUUUUCACAGACUCGGAAGAUGUUAAAUAUAAUUCAGGAAUCUUUGAUUUCUAAUGGCUAUGAGUUCAUGCGAAUUGAUGGAACGACUAAAGCUUGUGAUCGAUUGCAGAUAGUCAAUGAUUUUCAAGAGGGUCGUGGGGCGCCUAUUUUUCUCUUAACUUCUCAAGUAGGUGGACUAGGUCUCACCCUGACAAAAGCAGAUCGUGUAAUUGUAGUUGAUCCAGCAUGGAAUCCGAGCACUGAUAAUCAAAGUGUUGAUCGUGCAUAUCGGAUUGGACAAACAAAGGAUGUCAUUGUGUACCGACUCAUGACGUGUGGCACUGUUGAGGAGAAGAUUUACAGAAUGCAGAUAUUUAAAGGAGGGCUUUUCAAGUCUGCCACAGAGCACAAAGAACAAAUGCGCUACUUCAGUAAACAAGAUCUUCAAGAGCUGUUUAGCCUACCGAAGCAAGGUUUUGAGAUCUCCCUCACUCAACAGCAGUUAGUCGAGGAACACUGUCAAGAACAAAUGAUGGAUGACUCAAUAAAAGCUGAUGUUGAGUUCCUUGAAAGCUUGGAUAUAGCUGGAGUUAGUCAGCACAGCUUGCUCUUCUCAAAGGUAGCCCCCGAACCAGUUGUCGUUGAUGAGGAGGAGAUGUCAAGGUUAAGGGGUAACAUGCUCAACACAAGAGCAACAACGCACUUCUCAUCUGAUCAAGUUAAUCAUGGUGAACAAUAUGCAUUCAAUCCAAAAGAUGUGAAGUUGCAACAAAAGAACUCUUCCCCUAGUCCAAAAGAACUUACUGAGAAUGAAAUCAGAGAGAACAUCAACCGGCUCUCUCAGAUACUAGCAAACAAGGCUACAAUAUCAAAGCUACCGGAUAAAGGGGAGAAAAUACAGAAACGGAUUGCUGCAUUGAGUGUAGAGCUCAGGAAUCGGAUGGAAAACAGAUCCAAGAAUGAAAAAGCCAUUUAUGUGGAAGAUGAUUUAUUUGGUGAUUUCGAGAGGUUGAAUAUGAAAUAG